AUGGGUGACAAAAAGAAGAAGGCUACCGUUUUCAUCCGACUUGUCUCAGCUGCUGGCACCGGAUUUUUCUAUGUCAAGAGGAAGCCUACUAAGGUGACAGAGAAGCUUGAGUUCCGAAAAUUUGACCCUCGGACACUUUGUUUUAAGGUAGAGACCUAA